UUAAAAGCUCACCAGGUUAGGGAUUGUUCUUCGCAUCAAACACAGAUUUCUCAUUGACAGGAUACAGCGAUUCAGACUAGGGGGCUUGCCCUGACACAAGGAGAUUGAUUACUGGGUACUGUACGUUUUUGGGAAGUUCAUUGAUCACUUGGAAAGCGAAGAAGCAAGCAAUUGUCUCUAAAUCGUCGUCGGAAGCAGAAUACAGAGCAUUGUCGCAGAUGUCUUGCGAGAUUCAAUGGAUUACACAGAUAUUGAGGGAUUUCAAAGUAGAGUACAAAGGGCCAGCACUGGCAUAUUGCGACAACAAAUCAGCAAUUCACAUGGCAGAAAACCCAGUUUUUCAUGAAAGAACGAAACACAUCGAAAUCGACUGCCAUUUCAUAAGAGAGAAGGUGAAAUCAGGGUUAAUUGAUUUGAAGUAUGUGUGUACUGACCGGAACUUGGCAAAUGGCACGAAAGGGCUCAGUGCACACCUAUUCAAAUGGAUUGUGUUCAAGCUGGGAGUAUAUGAUAUAUACUCGCCAGCUUGUGGGGGGCUGUCGAACUCCAUGGACAAAGCAGAAGAAGGUGAAGAUGAAGAAGAGCUCGAGGCCCCUGUAGCAGCAACUGUCAAAAUGAAGAAAAGGGAAAGAGGCGCGUUGCUGAAAGAAGAGAAGAAGAAGACCCAAACGACAUCGUACAACAUAGUAAAUAGAAUAGUUUAAAUAUUAGUUCUUUUAGUUUAGCUGUCCAGUUUCCAGCUGCCACUUGUCUCGUUUUAUAUGGACAAGGUAGUUAGAAUAUGUUUGUCCUGUAGUUCCUAUUUCUCUGUACAUAUACUAGCAGCUUUGCUGUAGAAAUCAGUGAGAAAAUCAUUCCACAAAAUCGUCAUCACUUUCAAUUGUUCUCAAUAUGGAAGGAACGAUUUGCUAGAGUGUUCACAGCAGUUAAAAAGAGUAGUGAGGAGUUAUUGCAGCAACUCAAGCAAGAAGUUAACUUCUUUUGUGCGGAAACUCUGAGUUUCUUCCAUGUAUUGAGUAAUUAUUCAGUAUACUUUUAUGCUUUGUAUAAUGUUAGCAAUAAGCUUAGUGGUUAGAGUUAGAGUGUAGUUAGCAAGAAGUGUUCAUUGCCUGUGAGAUAUGUGGGUGUCCCACUUCAAUAUGGUUCAUUGACUAGUGCAGAUUGAAGUAUACUCAUUGACAAGUUGACUAGUAGGGUGAGAUUUUGGAGGGCUAAUAAGCUAACCUAUGCAGGAAAGCUGUUGUUAAUCUCUUCAGUUCUCUACUCUAUCACUCAAUAUCGGAUGACAAUCAUCGUUUUGCGCCAAAACAAGUUCUUGCUAGUAUUCAGAAGAUCUGUUCUGACUUCUUGUGGUAUGGUGAGAGGAUUGGUAAAGCAAAAGUUAGUUGGAUUGCAAUUUGCUUGCCUAAGAAGGAAGGUGGAUCAGGACUAAGGGAUUUGAAAACUUGGAAUAUAGUCUGUGUUGGUAGAAUGCUAGGGAUGCUUUUCAUGUGUGGAGGCUUGUUCUGGGUUGCUUGGAUUGAGAAGCACAGGCUGAGAGGGAGGUCGCUAUGGAUGAUUCCGGAAACACAAAAAGGUUCUUCGCUCUGGAGGAAGUUCCUCAAGCUGCGAUCCUGGUUUCAGUAUCGUCUAAUACGAGAAGGGUCUGAAGUUACAUGGAAAAGCAAACUGUUAAAGACAUUCAAUAAGAACAAUUUGGCAAUCCAUUCGACCUAGAGGCCAGAGGGUGGAAUGGUAUGCUGCUCUAUGGGGCAAAACUCAAUAUACCUCGACAUAGAUUCCUAGCAUGGUUGGUCAUUCAACACAGAAUCAAAACCAGAGUCCAAUUAAAGGAGGGGGGGAAGUUAUUGACUCAGAUCUCUGUUUGCUUUGCUAGUCUAUGCUAGAAACAAAGGAUCACCUAUUUUGCCAUUGUCAAUACACUACUGAAGUGCUACUUGCUCUGUUUCCCACCCUGUCGUGGUCAAUAUAUUGGGAGGGAAUGAUGGAGCAAUUAACCAAUUUGACGGCUCAAGGCCGUUACAAGCUAGUUGGGGUUUGCUAUGGUGUUGGUUCAUGGCUUUGAUAUGGAAGGAACGAUGUGCUAGAGUGUUCACAGCUGUUAAGAAGAGUAGUGAGGAGUUAUUGCAGCAACUCGAGCAAUAAGUUAACUUCUAUUGUGCGGAAACUCUGAGUUUCUUCCAUGUAUUGAGUAAUUAUUCAGUAUACUUUUAUGCUUUGUAUAAUGUUAGCAAUGAGCUUAGUGGUUAGAGUUAGAGUGUAGUUAGCAAGAAGUGUUCUUUGUGUUUUGUUGUAUGGUUGGAGUCAUAGCAAAUUGCAGUUGUUUUCGAAAUGCUUGUUUUACCAAGCUGCGCUAAUAAAGAGAACAAUUAUCG